UUAUAUGGGAAAAUGUUAAGAUUAAAUAUUAAAAAUAAAAAUAGAUAUUAAGUGGGAAAAACAUAUAUUUAUCCGUUGAUUUUUAAACAAAACUUUAAGAUGAAGGAUGCUAAAAAUGUUAAAUGUGUGGUUGUCGGUGAUGGUAAUGUUGGAAAGUCGUGCUUGUUGAUGUGUUAUUCUAAUAAUACUUUCAACGAAGAUCAUAUUCCAACAAUAUAUGACAAUUACAAAACUAUAGCAAUGGUGAAUGACAUACCUGUAGAGUUAGGACUAUGGGAUACAGCCGGGCAAGAAGAUUACGACAGAAUCCGUCCAUUAUCAUAUCCACAAACGGAUGUAUUCCUUGCAUGUUUUUCAAUAGUCGAGCGAUCAAGUUUUGAUAACAUACUUCACCAAUGGAUUCCUGAAAUCAGACAUCACUCUCCAAGAACGCCUAUCCUUUUAGUUGGCACAAAACUAGACAGUAGAAAAGGACCAGGAAAUUCAAAACCUAUUGCGAAACAUAAUUAUCCUGUAUCAUUCAGUGAAGGUCAUUCGUUAGCAAAUCAAAUAAAAGCUGUAAAAUAUGUUGAAUGUUCUGCAAAGACUCAGGAAGGGAUGAAAGAGGUGUUUGAUGAGGCCAUAAAGGCUGUGUUAUUUCCAUUUAACCCAAGACGAAAACACAGAUCAUGCAUUGUAUUGUGAAAAGUGCUCAGU